AUAACCGAAGAUAUCAAAGUCAGAGGCUCAACUCUUCUCUCCUCAUAUAUAUUCGAUUGCUUUGUUUUGCUAAUAAGAAGAGAGAAGUACGAUCGAAUAAAAUGCAACCUCGCGACAUCAAAGAAGAAACGCGGAGCAUGAUGAACUCUCUCCUCCUCGACCCGUCCAUGAUCCGCCACAACUUCCCAGACCACCACCUUGACCUCCAAGCCCCGCCCGCGUUUGGUCCAACUCAUCCGGCUCUGGUCGACAACUUCCUUGACCAUCUCCUUGCCUCCCUCCCUUCUGGUCAAUGGCCGGACCUCGCUGCAGCCUCCACCGUGCAAUUGGCAGGAGAUGCUGGGGCGACCGCGACGGAUCAGCCCCAUAUACUGCUGCUUGACGGAGCAGCCAGGGAGUUUCUCGACGGAGGAAACGGAGCUGUCGGUGGGGAUCCCUCUUCUUUCAACUGUCUUCCUCAGGUUUGUAACCACGGGGGAAAAGAAAAGGGGCAAGCCGAGGGGAACUUCGCGAGCAAAUCUCCUGCACCGAGUGGAUUGCCUGCGGGUGGCGGUGCCGCCGCUGCUCAGCCAAAGAAGAAGAUCAGGGCCAGGAGAGGUCAAGCCACGGACCCUCAUAGUAUUGCCGAGAGGUUAAGGAGAGUGAAAAUUUCGGAGAGAAUGAAAGCCCUGCAGGAGCUCGUUCCCAAUGCCAACAAGACGGACAAAGCUUCAAUGUUGGAUGAGAUCAUAGAGUAUGUGAAGUUUCUACAGGUCCAAGUCAAGCUAUUGAGCAUGAGCAGAUUAGGAGGUGCAUCUGGCGCUGUUGCUCCCUUCCCUGCCGAUAUUUCCUCUCAGCAUCGCGGAGGCGGGCCCACCAUCGGACCGCAUCUUAACGGCGACCAGACGGCGAGGCCGAGCGACAGCAGCCCCAACGCCACGGAGCAACGUGUGGCCAAGCUGAUGGAGGAGGACAUGGGCUCCGCCAUGCAGUACCUCCAAGGCAAGGGCCUCUGCCUCAUGCCCAUUUCCUUGGCCGCCACCAUCUCCACCACCGCCGGAAGCCGUGGCACUGCCGUAUCGUCUGGUGGCAGUGGGUAGUCUUCCCGCCGGGAUGUCCAUGCUAACUGUCUAGUUCAGUUCGGCAUUGAAGCCGGUCCUGUUUCGAAUGUUGAUGUUUUGGCGAUAGUGAUAUGACAUUAUCCUAAUUAUGUCAAUUAUCCGAAUUACUAAGAUGUAUCUUUAUCUGGUAUUAUUCGGUCAAACAAAAUCAGUGAGAACUUCUCUAAUUCACUAACUAAUGCAAAAUAUUCAUUUGCAGUUUU